CAUGUUCCCCAUACCACUCUCAGCGGGAUAAUCCAAUUUAACAAACCGUCUACAUCCUGCAUUAAACUGGGGUGCCGCUUUUGGAUUAUUCCAGGCUUUCCUCAACAUCUGGGAAUAAUCCUCAGCUACAGGGAUUGACACAGUAGGCUGUGCAGGGGAAAUACUCGCCCAUACACCUUGUGUGGGGGCUGGAGCUGUAGCUUCUUCCUGUGCAUUAAGGCCCAGGAUCCUUGCUGCACUUAAAAUGCGCGAAAGAACAUCAGAAUGCAGGCUUCCUUCUGAAACCUCAGACCUGGAUUCCUCUCCCUCGUUUUCAUCUGCAUUCUCCUCACUACCAUAAAGGGAGUUAUUUGCAUGCAGUGAGACGGCAUCCGUAUAAUCAUCCCCCUCUUUCUGACGUGAUGUCAACUCAUCCCCAGCCCGGAGUGCAGAUGGCUGUGUGUUUACUGAAGAAUUACGUGUUUCAAGCUUACCAGCUAAGUCACGCAAUGCUGCUAAGAUUUGCAACGGAGUGUCAUCCUUGGGAUCUCGGACUACUGUGUCCUUCUUUAUUUUAUCUGGAGGCAUGUCAGGACCUGCAUCUGGCCUCUUACGUUUAUGAGAGGAACUACUGGGAAUAAUUUCUUUAUUACCACCAGUUAACAGUUUAGCUCUUUGCACUCUUUCCCGCAAAGAUAGCUCCAACGCAGCUGCACAGGGAUCCUCAAUAUCAUCUAGUACAUGUUGCAUACCCAAACAGGAGGGACAUUCGCGAUGCCCAUCUCUUGGGUGUAUGCUAGUUUGGCAAAAACGACACCUUGAGUGACUCAUGACAACAAGUCCGAGGUCAGGUCACUCAUAUAAUGAUAGUGCAUGAAAAGGGAAAUAAACUGUAAUGAAUCACAGUAUUUAACUAAUUCUGGAAGUUGAACUGCGAGACUCCAAAAUAACUCAGCAUUUAAUUGAAAAAAACAAGCAAAAAUGCCAUUAACAAAUAGACUGUGACGAAUCACUAGAUGAUAAUCAAAUUGAACACUUCCUUAAUCCACAAAAAAUAUAUGUCUGGUAUUAGUUAAACACAAUUAACCAGGUACAAUUUAAUAUAAAGAUUGUGACGAAUCACUCUUCAUACUCAUCAUUCAGAAUACGUCUGCGAACAGAACUCCUUAGAAAAUUAUAUAUCCAUCAUUCUACGUGCGCACACGCAGUAAAUGGAAAAGAAAACUCUCGUCUGCUGCGAACAGCUGACCUGAGAACCAUCAAUAAAUGCCUGAAAACAAACAGAGAAAAAUAAAGAAAUACUCACCGACAUGCGUUCCGACGACACGUCGAAAUAUUUAAAUGAGGAGAAAAACCACUGCAAUCCUCAGGGACUUGAAGCACCUGCACAAAACGUGACGGAUUGAAACUAAUCUCUCCUGUAAUCAAAAACAAUGCGCUCUACCGCGUCGGUCUCAGAUGAGGCGAGAAAGGCAAGAGGAAGUGGUUGGUUCACCUGGAUGUUAUAUAGCCAACCCCUAAGGUCAGUCACCUGACAUUGUUGAUAUUUGGUCUCGAGGAUAGGCGGAGGAAUGGCGUCAUUCAAGUCACGUCCAUCACCUCCAAGAUCUCCACCUGAGGAGAGGAAGAGAGAACUGGUUAGAAGAGAGAAAGAAAUGGAUGAACAUCAAGAAGGUGGUGAAAUGUCAGCGUCAGCAGAAGACCGACCGGGCAUGAGCUCAAGUGAGAUGACACUAUACACUGAUAAAAAGUGGAUGAAACGCAAAGGGCUUGUGUUGAAGAAGCAACAAGAAUCGGAGCAUCACCCAAAAUUGGAGAGUCACACUGAAGGCAUCAAGGGCUAUUUGACCAAGAAGGAGAGUGAUGGGGUGCUGCGCCAGAAGACCUGGCCUCCACAGUCACCGGACCUGAACCCAAUCCAGAUGGUUAGGGGUGAGCUGGACCGCAGACAGAAGGCAAAAGGACCAACAAGUGCUAAGCAUCUCUCGGGGAACUCCUUCAAGACUGUUGGAAGACCAUUUCAGGAGGAAAGAACUAAAUUUUCAGGACAGCUAGAAACAAGAAACAAGCUACUAGAGGAGGCAAGAAGGACACAUUUAGAAUUAAUGGAACUGGUUAGAAGAGAGAAAGAAAUGGUUGCUCAUCAAGAAGGUGAUGAAUUGUCAGCGUCAGCAGAAGACCGACCGGGCAUGAGCUCAAAGUGGAUGAAACGCAAAGGGCUUGUGUUGAAGAAGCAACAAGAAUCGGAGCAUCACCCAAAAUUGGAGAGUCACACUGAAGGCAUCAAGGGCUAUUUGACCAAGAAGGAGAGUGAUGGGGUGCUGCGCCAGAAGACCUGGCCUCCACAGUCACCGGACCUGAACCCAAUCCAGAUGGUUAGGGGUGAGCUGGACCGCAGACAGAAGGCAAAAGGGCCAACAAGUGCUAAGCAUCUCUCGGGGAACUCCUUCAAGACUGUUGGAAGACCAUUUCAGGAGGAAAGAACUAAAUUUUCAGGACAGCUAGAAACAAGAAACAAGCUACUAGAGGAGGCAAGAAGGACACAUUUAGAAUUAAUGGAACUGGUUAGAAGAGAGAAAGAAAUGGAGAGAAAAGAGAACGAACUAGAAAGAAGAGCGAUGGAACUGGAUGAAAGAGAGGAAGAAAUGGAUAGAAGAGAGAGAGAACUGGAAAGAAGAGCGAUGGAACUGGUUAGAAGAGAGAAAGAAAUGGAUGAACAUCAAGAAGGUGGUGAAAUGUCAGCGUCAGCAGAAGACCGACCGGGCAUGAGCUCAGGUCUAACUUGUCAGGAGAAAAUGGGGGCAUCAGAGUCACAUGCAAGAGCUCAAUCCGAGGCAAGAGAGAUGGAGCCAGAGAGAAGAGAGAGAGAACUGAACAAAACAGUGAUGGAACCAGAUAGAAGAGCGAUAGAACCAGAUAGAAAAGAAAUGGAACCAGAAAGAGGAGAAAUUGAACUAUAUAAAAGUGAAACGGAUCCAGAUAUUAGAGAGGGAGACCUGGAGAGAAGAGAGAAAGAACUGAAGCAAAAAGAAAAAGAACUGGAUAAAAGACUGAUGAACCAACAGAAAACGCAAGCGGGCUGGUGUAUACGUCAAAUACUGGGGAAAAGAGAGAUGGAACAAGAUUUUUUAGAGACAGAACUUGAGAAAACAGCAAUGGAUCGAGAUAUUAAAGUGAGACAACCAGAGAAAAGAGCAAUUGAACCUAUUAUUACACAGAGAGAACUGGAUAGAAGAGCGAUUGAACUGGAUAGAAGAGCGAUAGAACUGGAUAGAAGAGCGAUAGAACUGGAUAGAAGAGCGAUAGACUUGCAUGUGGAACUGAACAGAAGAGGGAUGGAAAUGGAUAUAAGACAGAGAGAAACUGAGAAAAGAGCAGAGAGAAGACCAACCGAACUGGAUAAAAGACUGAUGGACCUGCAUGGAAGGCAAUAUAAUCUGUAUAUGAGAGACAGAGAAGAAAUGAAUCUGGAUGUAAGAGAGAUAGAACUAAAGAAAGGAGUGAUGGACCCAGACAUGAGACAUAGAGAAAUGGAGAGAAAAGAAAUGGAACCAGAUAUUAAAGAGAGAGGACUGGAUAUUAGAGAGAGCGAACUGGAUAGAAGAGAGAACGAAAUGGAGAGAAGAGAGAGUGAAAUGGAGAGAAGAAUGAGCGAACUGGAUAGAAGGCCUGAAGGAAUGAAACCUGUUCGAAGUAGCAGCAAUGAGUUAUACCAUCCUAACAUGUCUGAAAGUGAGGACAAAUCUCCAGCCAUUCUGAAUGGAAAUUGAAGCGAGUUGAAGCAUUUUCCAGUUUUCCGGUGAAGGGCGAGUACAAUUGAUCAGCUGAGUUGCUUUAAAUGAAACCAUCUGCUAGCUAAAUGUAAAAUGUGAAUUCAAGUUUUGUAAAAGUAGAUGAAAUCAUAAUUUUCAUAAGUUCAGUCUAAAGUGGUGGAUUUGCAGUACAGUUCACUUAGCCUAGGCUAUAUAAUGAAUAUGACAUAUUCAUGAAGUUUUCUUCAAUCCAUUGCGAAUAUUAUUAUUAUUUUUUAUUUAUAUAUAUAUUUUUUUGCAUCUAUUAAUGUUUUAUUUUAAAUGUAUUUAAUAUUUAUUUGCAUCUGUUCUGGUUUAAAUUAUUUAUUUAUUUAUCAAACAAUUCAAUAGAAAUGUAACUUGUAAGCAGGGCUGGGAAGGUUAUAAUGUAUUUCACUACAUACUACAAAAUACAAGCUUUAAAAAGUAAUCAGUGAUGCAUGUCCUUAGAUUAUUCAGGUUUAGUAAAUUAAUCUUAAUAUUUAAGAAUGAUUUAAAACACACAGAGGAACAUAUUAACUGGAUGUCUUGUUUUUAUGCUUUCCAACUCUAAAUAAAAGUGAUAAGAUUUGUGUUUUCUUUGCAUUUUAUUUUUAACACCAGCAGUUUUCAACAGAAUUUCUAUGAACAACAAAAAAAUGUUAUGUCAUUUAAAUCUUCCAAUCAAUAGAAAUUCUAUUUGAAUACAAUGAAUGGGAUUCCGUGCUUCUUUCAUGCUACAUUCCUUCAAAGUGAUUUCAGAAACACCAAACCAGUGGCAUAGAAAUGUCUUGUUUGUGAUUUUUUUUUAUUAUUAUUACUAUUAUUAUUCAAUUUGUUAUUUUAAUGGUCUUCAAAUAAGGAAACAGGUGCAGUUAAUUACAUAUAUGUAAACAAAAUAGGACAAUCGUGAGGAUGACUGCCAACAGCUGGUCUUAAAUUCUUCAGACACCGCACACCAAACAACUUUGAGGGUUUUGUUUCUGAUGUUUUCUACGUUACAGUGGAUUAUUUGUCUUGUCAACAGCUGUACAAUAAUAAAGUAAUUUAAACUCAGAACAGUA